AUGCUCGUCCUGUUCGAGGUGGCGGCCGGUUAUGCGGUAUUCAAGCUCAGCAAUGAGAAGAAGUUGAAGAAUGUUGAUAACAUUUGGGAGGAAUUCAAUACCGCCGAGAAGGCUCAAGAAAACUUGCAAUUGGUCUCUUUCAAAAAGUUCAAGACCACAGCUGGAGCUAAACUCUUGAAGUCCAGUGUUGAUGAGACUGAGAAGUUGGCUGUUGGAGAUGCUAAGCUUGGAAACCUCAUCAAGGAGAAAAUGUCGUUGAACUGUGUUCAUGACAGCUCAAUCAACGAGUUGAUGAGAGGAGUACGUGCUCACAUUGAAGACUUGCUUGCUGAGCACAAGGAAGAGAUGAACGCAAUGAAUCUCGCAGUGGCUCACUCACUUGCCCGUUAUAAGGUGAAGUUCAAUCCGGAGAAAAUCGACACCAUGAUCGUUCAAGCCGUUUCUCUUCUCGAUGAUCUCGAUAAAGAGCUCAACAACUACGUGAUGCGCACCAGAGAGUGGUAUGGAUGGCAUUUCCCAGAACUCGGAAAGACCAUCCAAGAUCAUCAAGCUUAUGCUAAGAUCGUUAAAGCCAUUGGAAUGCGUCAAAACUGCAUCAACACCGAUUUGUCGUCGAUUCUUCCAGAAGAGCUAGAGACCAAGGUUAAGGAAGACGCUGAGAUCUCUAUGGGAACCGACAUUUCUGACAUCGAUCUCAUUCAUAUCAAGGGACUUUGCGAGCAGGUUAUCGAGCUCUCACAAUAUCGUGCUCAACUCUUCGACUACCUCAAAAAUCGAAUGACUGCUCUCGCUCCAAAUCUCACUGUUCUUCUCGGAGAGCUCGUUGGAGCUCGUCUGAUCUCUCAUGCCGGAUCUCUCGUUUCGUUGGCUAAAGCACCAGCAUCUACAAUUCAGAUUCUCGGAGCCGAGAAAGCUCUUUUCCGUGCCCUUAAGACAAAGAAAGAUACUCCAAAGUACGGAUUGAUCUAUCAUGCUCAGCUCAUCACACAGGCACCACCAAAGGUUAAGGGAAAGAUGGCCCGUAAACUUGCUGCAAAAUGCUCUCUCGCCACUCGAAUUGAUGCUCUUUCUGAUGAAACAGCAAAUAACGAAAUUGGAAUUGAAUGCCGUGCUGCACUUGAGAAUGUUCUCAGAACAGAAUCGGAGCGUGGACCAUCGAAGAAGCAAAACUUCGGAUCUCAUAGACACGACAAGUACGAAUUCAAGAGCGAGACGUACGAGUACGAUGCAGCUGCUGAUACCCCAGCCAGCCGUAAACACAAGCGGUUUGAUGAUAAUGAAGAGAGCACGAAAGGCAUCAAGAAGAUGAAGAUCGAAGAAGUUGAAGAAGACGAUGCGUCGGAAAAGAAAAAGAAGAAGAAGGCAAAGAAAGAAAAGAAGGAAUCCGAUUCCGAUGAGGAAUGA